AUGGCAGACACCAACCCGGCUUUCGUUCUCCAAUCCAUCAGAAACGUCUCGUUCGAACACCGGCCCGUACCAAGUCUACGAGAUGAAUACGACGUUCGUGUUCGCAUAGAGCGGACUGGUAUCUGUGGCAGUGAUGUGCACUACUGGCGGAAAGGACGCAUUGGCGACUUUGUCUUGGAGAGCCCCAUCGUCCUGCGGCACGAGAGUUGCGGCGUCGUGGUCGAAGUUGGGUCGAAAGUGAAGAACGUGAAAGUUGGCGACCGCGUAGCCAUAGAGCCUGGAGUGCCGUGCCGUCGAUGUGACUACUGCCGAUCGGGCUUCUACAACCUUUGCGGGGAUACAGUGUUCGCGGCCACGCCGCCUCACGAUGGGACGCUGCAAAAGUAUUACAUUGUCGCUUGUGAUUACGCGUACCCCAUCCCAAAACACAUGACUGCAGAAGAUGGAGCCCUGGUCGAGCCCGUCGCCGUUGCAGUUCAAGUGAAUAAAGUGGCAGAUUUGCGCGCAGGACAGACGGUCCUCGUCUUCGGGUGCGGCCCGAUAGGACUUCUUUGUCAAUCUGUGGCCAAAGCCUCUGGGGCGAGCAGGGUGAUUGGAGUUGACAUUUCCCAAUCAAGAGUCAACUUUGCGAAAGAGUUUGGCGCCGAUGGCGUGUUUCUAAGCCAGUCGAAACCGGUGGAGGGUCAAGAUCCCGUGCAGGCGUCGAGAGCCGUCGCCGAAACCAUCAUCGCUGAAUUCGGGCUUGGAGAUGGUGCAGAUGUGGUCCUUGAAUGUACUGGUGCCGAGUUCUGUAUCCAGGCUGGAAUAUUCGCUGCCAAGAAGGGCGGCACGUUUGUGCAGACCGGAAUGGGCCCAGAGAAUGUGACUUUUCCAAUUACAACUGCGUGUAUCAGGGCUUUGACGAUCAAGGGAUCCAUCAGAUAUACCACCGGCUGUUAUCCGCGAGCUGUAGAACUAAUUGCCAGCGGUAAGAUCCAGCCUAGGAAAUUAAUAACGCACAGGUUCAAGUUUGAGCAGGCAGAGGAAGCAUUCGAGUUGGUGAAGAAGGCACAGCAAGAUACAUUAAAAGUAAUUAUCGAGGGAGCGUGUAGUUGA